AUGUCAGGCUUCUUGCUUUUAAGUUUCGACCAAGGUGUUAUGGGCGGAAUCGUUGGGGCUGACAACCCCUUCGGUCGCCACUUCAACAACCCUGACGCCGAUAUGCAAGGCAACAUCACCGCCCUGUACGAUAUCGGCUGCGUCUUAGGAUCGAUCAUCACCUACUUCGUUGGCAAGCGAUUCGGUCGCCACACCAUGCUCAUGGCUGGCGGUGCUAUUAUGAUCGUCGGCGCUGCGCUGCUGGGCAGCUCGACUACGAUCGCGCAACUCAUCACGGGUCGAAUUGUCACAGGAGUCGGGAACAGCAUGGACUCGAGUACGGCACCAGUAUAUCUUACGGAGUGUGCGCCACCGAGCUACCGAGGUGCCCUCUUGACACUGCAAGGAACGGCCACGAUUCUGGGCGUCGUUAUUGCAUACUGGAUGGACUAUGGCACGAACGUCUCGAGCAAUUCCUUCAAGUGGCGCUUUCCUCUCUCCUUCCAGGCUGUCUUCGCUGUCUUUCUCAUUCUUCAGAUCAUCGAUUUACCUGAGACCCCGCGCUGGCUCGUUGUGCACGAUCGCUACGCAGAGGCAAAAGAAGCCACCGCCGCUCUUGAAGGCAAACCACUUGACGACCCUACUGACAAUGCAACAAUUCUCGACAUCAAGUCAGGUUUGGACGAGGAACACAAUGACGGGCUUUUCCGCUUCAUGGAGCUCUUCUCUUGGGGCGGGACGCAGAACGUUCGACGAUUGCUCAUCGUCAUCAGCAUUCAACUGGGUCAGCAAUUCUCUGGGAGCAAUAUGAUCAACUACUACCUUCCUGUUAUCCUCCAGGACAGUAUGGGUCUUAGCCAUCAGCUCUCACUCAUCCUUGGUGGCGCCGCUCAACGCACGUUCCUGGUCGGUUUAGCCAUCCGAGUCCUCCUUAUGGAUCGUUUCGGUCUCUGCACACUUUUCAUGGGCUGCUCAGCAGGACUGUGCUUGUGUUUCGUAUGCGUUAGUGCUCUGUUGUCGAAGACAGUUGAUGGGAUGGUAUCUGAGGGCAGAGGCUACGCCGCCACAGCGUUUAUUUUCAUGUUUCAGCUGUUCUACGGCGUUGGAUGGCUGCCAGUGCCGUGCUUCUACCCCCCUGAGAUUGCAACGACCAGGAAGAGGACGAAAGUGCAGGCUAUUGCCAGCGGGUGGAACUGGAUGCUCGUUUUUGUUGUGGUAAAGACCACUCUUAUUGCCUGCGGAAAUAUCCAAUGGCACACAUUCAUCGUCUUCGCCUUCCUCAACGCUGCGUCCAUCACGACGGUGUACUUUUUCUACCCCGAGACUAAGGGCCUUACUCUCGAGGAUAUCCCUCUGCUGUUCCACAAGAAGGGCAUUACUGGUGGUGUCUCCUCGAGCAAGGGCGGAAGAACGGUUUUUUUGGAGCAGCACGCGCGGAAGGCGCAUAUUGACAAGAAGAUGCAUUUGGGUGAAGAGAGGAUGGAGGGAGAUCAGGCGCAGGAUGAGAAGACAGCAUGA